GUAUUCUGCGGUGACGGUGAAUUACUGCAUCCGGUAUAGCGCGCCCGAUCGGGGAAAGCGUGUCGCUGCCGCUUGGCAUCGUGGUGCGUGGUCUAUAUGGAUGGCCUCCUCGCCCGCCCGCUUCUUACCGUUGCUGUCCCAUCCUUUGGCGCCGUGUCGAUUCGAACCAACUUGGGCCAUUUUUGGGUCGGCCUCUCCGUCCUAUGUACUUCGCCAGCCCCUCUUACUAAUUCGAUGCGGUCGCGAAAUUGCGCAGACGGCUUGCCUUGACAACCUACAUCGCAGUCAUCAUCGCGAUGGAUCAUACCAUAGCAGCAUCUUGGGGCCCAGUUCGGGUCCGACGAUAAUCUUCGAACCACUAGCUAAGCCGAACCAAGCCACGUCUGCUGCCAGAUAUCGCUCCGUGUGCCCCCUCCAAUGACCAGAGGAUCAGCGAAUGUCUACCGGCGCAUCUGCGGUACUCCUGCCGCUACUGGGUGCUUCAUCUGAACCAAAGCAAGAAUCGUAUCUCCGCUACUGAGACUUUGUCAAUGCUGCGGGAAAGGCUUAUUGGAAGCAGCCUCGCGCCCGGAGAGACAGAAGGAUUGUGAACGUCGACG